AUGAAGUUCACUUCCGUUAUCGCUACCGCCGUUCUUGGCUACUCUGCUGCCUUCGCUGCUCCCUCCAAGUGGGACGUUGCCGACGCCACCACUGGAACCCUGACAGUCACCGACGCUAAGAUUGACAUCAGCGCGGCCAACAAGGUGACUGAUGUCUCCUUCAAGCUGGCCGAUGGCGACAAACAUGUGAGCUGCAUGGCUCGGAGCCCCAAGCUCACCUACCUGUCCACCGCAGCCACUGCUUGCAGCGACAGCAAGUACCUGUUCAACCUCAUCGAUUCCGGUCUCUCGAGCUUUGAAGUUGCUAUCAUGUAUUCGUACGGCGAUCUGGGUUCUGGCGAGUACUCGCCUGGGCAAUGGGGCGUUGGUAACCUCUUCCUCGGCUGCAAGAGCAGCGGCAGCGGUCGCGUCUGCACUUCUUCUGCCCCUAGCACUGUGUUUAUCUCUGAACAGUAA